AGGAGGCGGGGUCCCGCAGACUCGGCGGCGGGCACUAUGCGACAACCCGCGGUACGGCUGGUGUGGAUGGGUCGGGUGCCGUAUGCAGAGCUGCUGGCGCUGCAGGAACGCUGGCUGCGGCGGCUGCAGGCGGAGUCAGGCACCGAGGCGCUGUCGGGUACUGAGGCGGGCGCGCUCCUGCUCUGCGAGCCCGCAGGGCCUGUGUACACGGCCGGGCUGCGCGGUGGCCUGACGCCCGAGGAGACGGCGCGGCUACGGGCCUUGGGCGCAGAGGUGCGCGCCACAGGCCGCGGCGGCCUGGCCACCUUCCACGGCCCGGGCCAGCUGCUGUGCCACCCGGUACUUGACCUCCGGCACCUGGGCCUGCGCCUGCGCACCCACGUGGCGGCGCUGGAGGCGUGCGCUGUGCGUCUCUGCGAGCUCCAAGGUCUCCAGGGCGCCCGCGCACGGCCCCCGCCCUACACCGGCGUCUGGCUGGGCGAGCGCAAGAUCUGCGCGGUCGGAGUCCGCUGUGGAAGGCACAUCACAUCCCAUGGCCAGGCUCUGAACUGUUCUACAGACCUCACGUGGUUUGAGCACAUUGUGCCCUGCGGACUGGUGGGGACAGGCGUCACUUCCCUGAGUAAGGAGCUCCAGAGGCACGUCACUGUGGAUGAAGUACUACCAUCUUUUCUUGAGGCCUUUAAGGAGACCUACAAAUGCACCUUGAUCUCAGAGGACGGUUCCAACUGAAGGGCGGUUCCAACUGAAGGGCGUUCAUGUUAUCCCAGUCGGGAGGUCCUACCGUGGAAAGCACCAAAGCCGACUUGAAGUCACUGAAACCCAGGUUCUGGAUGUGGCCCUGUCAUUCACUCACCGUGAGACUGGGCAAAUCAAGAGCUCUUAGCCAUUGUUUCCAUAUGUAACCUGGUUUAUUUAUAUCUUGCCCACCUACUUCAGAUAUAGUGGAUCUGAAAGCAACACAUGCUAUAUAAAUAUAAGGAAUUAAGCACUACUAUUAAUACCAUUUUCUAAACUUAGAGAAACUCAGAUGUCAUAGGUCAUUGCUAUUACUUCUUCAAUAUUGUAUUUAAUUGGGCAAUUCUGGGCUCCAGAUCCUUUGAUUUUGUAGGAAGGAUGUCUCUGGAUGGCCCAGGUGAAGGGGAUGUGAUGUGAUACUUUCUGCAAUAAAGGGAAAGGGGGAAAGACUGUAAAGAAAAAAAUGGGAUCCUGUCUUCCUGGGUUGGAUUCCCCAAGCCUGGUAGCUACCGUGUUUCCCCGAAAAUAAGACCUAGCUGGACAAUCAGCUCUAAUGCACCUUUUGGAGCAAAAAUUAA